AUGGGCUCUGUGGGAGGAGAGAGGCGGAGGCCCACGCUAGCUCAGACACUUGAGGAGAGGGAUGGAUGGAGGGAUGGGGGGAGAGUAGGAUGGAGGAACGGAGAGAGGGAGGGAUGGAGAGAUGGAAGGGAGAGCAGCGUGGUGCAGAGCUACAGCUUUGACUCGUACCAGCUGGAGGAGGAGGAGAUUGGUAAAGACGCCCCAGAGCGAGGAGUGCUGGCUCUGUCUGAGCCCGCCUUUGAGGAGCCGAUCCCUGACGACCGUUACCAUGGCAUCUAUUUCGCGAUGCUGUUGGCAGGGGUGGGUUUCCUGCUGCCCUACAACAGUUUCAUCACCGACGUUGAUUACCUGCACAACAAGUUUGAAGGCACGUCCAUAGUGUUUGAUAUGAGUCUGACCUACAUCCUGGUGGCUCUGGUCGCUGUCAUCCUCAACAACGUGCUGGUGGAGAGACUCAGCCUGCACACCAGGAUCACCGUGGGUUAUAUCCUAGCAUUAGGGCCGCUGAUCUUUGUCAGCAUGUUUGACGUCUGCCUGGAGAUGUUCACCAACAGGCAGGCCUACAUCAUCAACCUGAUUUCAGUGGGAGUGGUGGCCUUUGGAUGUACAGUGCAGCAGUCCAGUUUCUAUGGUUACAUGGGGAUGCUUCCCAAGAGAUACACACAGGGGGUGAUGACUGGAGAGAGCACAGCGGGGGUGAUCAUCUCCCUGUCCCGCAUCUUCACCAAGCUGCUGAUUAGUGACGAGAGGAAGAACACGCUCAUCUUCUUCCUGGUUUCCAUCGGCAUGGAGAUGCUCUGCUUCCUGCUUCACCUGGUGGUCCGCCGCUCACGGUUCGUCCGCUACUACACCAGCCACUCCCAGGGCAAAGGUCAGAGUAAAGGUCACGACCCCCGUGAGAACGGGACAGGAUACAGGGUUCACCACGACGUCACCUCAGAGGAAGUAAGAUUUGGUAAUGGGGGAAUAGUGGUGUCCCCCACAGAUGACACCAUAGAUGACUUUGCAGGAGGAACAUAUGUGCGAUUUGAUGCCCCGAAAGCCCAGAUAAAGAAGAGCUGGCCAGGUGUUCGGGACAUGUUCUUGCACCGCUAUGUGGUGUCCCGUGUGAUCUGGACGUACAUGCUGUCCAUAGCCGUGACCUACAGCAUCACUCUGUGUCUGUUUCCCGGGCUGGAGUCGGAGAUACGAAACGUCACCCUCGGGGAGUGGCUCCCCAUCCUCAUCAUGGCCACAUUCAACAUGUCCGACUUCGUAGGCAAGAUCCUGGCAGCGCUGCCUUACGACUGGCCCGGAGGCCGCCUGCUCUUCUUCUCCUGCCUGCGGGUGGUGUUCAUUCCCCUGUUUGUCAUGUGUGUGUACCCGGCCAAAGCUCCCACCCUCUCGCACCCUGCCUGGCCCUGUCUUUUCUCCCUCCUCAUGGGUGUCACCAACGGAUACUUCGGGUCGGUGCCAAUGAUACAGGCUGCAGGCAAAGUGCCGCCUGAGCAGAGGGAGCUGGCAGGGAACACUAUGACAGUCUCCUAUAUGUUAGGGUUGAUGGUGGGCUCCUCUGUGGCGUAUGCAGCUUACAGCUUCACCGCUCCAGGAUCAGGAGUAUACCUCCACCAACACCCACCUGCCAAUUUAACAGGGUAUUGA